AUGCUGGAUGGCGUCGAGACCCUGUUUGCUCUGCUACCCAAGCCCGAAGCCCACGAGAUUUGGUGCAGACUCUGGGAGCGGCUUGAUUCAGGUGCCCUGUGGGAUUCUCUUACUGCGGCAAAGCUCAAUAAGAGCCAUGUCAACCGGGACCACCGGCUACUCGCAUCCCGCAAGCCAAGUUGCAUCGAAGACGUCGACCGCUUCUGGCACACCAUAGCCGAGUUCGCCAUCUCCAAAAUCCCAGCCGAUAUUCUGGGCGAUAGUCCACAGGCCCGCCAGCUACGAUACUACAAGUGGUGGGCUCGAGGCAAAAGUGAUGCGGAGAAGACGUUGAUGCUGACUGACAACCCAAAUCUUGGUGACGUGGUACGCACCGCCGCUGCAGGUCUGACGUCGCAAGCGGACCGCGCAUGUGCGUCUUGCCACAAAACGCCCCCCGACACAUACGAAUUCCCAUGCUGUCCAAACUGUCUCAUUCUAGACGGUACUGGCAAGCGGAAGCUAUUGUGCACCUACUACUGCAGCAAAGCAUGCGCAGCAAGGGAUUCAGAAGCUCACAAAGUCCACUGCUUUCCACGGAGACGCGUCAUUCGUGCCGUGAAGCUGGUGGCGAAGCUUUUGCAAACCAUUGAUGCCGCGGCGUCUCAUACGCAGUGGAAGACGCUGGCCGUACGUGAUGGCAUUACGUACCUUGAAGAGGUGCCACGGACACAACUUGCGUACCUUGGAGAGUUCGCUCUCCAAACCAUCGUCCGUGACGAUCAACAGCCGGAGGCGACCUACCUCGCUGCCCUAACGUCGGAUCACUGCAGGGAAAUGCUCCUGAUGGGCGACCGCCUCGUCCGUUUGCUCCUCGCACCACUCUGUCAGAGCAUCGAAGUUGUCAAUAUCAGCCCUCGCAAUGGUUUCAACCCAGUCUGCCUUCUCAAUUCAGAUCACACAGAUAGGCCACAGCGCUUCAUGAUGAUUGGAAUCCACACAGUCCUACGCCUUACGCUCCAUUCGGGUGAGAAGCUGGCUGCGGAUAUAUACGGCGCGCAAUUUGGGUGGCCAGAAGUCGUUGCACCUUGGGACUCCUGGCGAGAGAAACGAACUUUGGAGGCGACAUGUGACCGACCAGGUGCACUAACCUUCGACAAGGAGAUCCUCUUAACGUUGACUGAGGGUAUGCUUCAUCGUGAUCCUUCAUACUUCGUCGGCGACGAGAUCCGUGCCGAAAUGGCCAGAGACAUCGCAGCACUCGUCCUUAGGAAGUCAGAGUCGUUCAAAAAGUCGCUUGGGCUGGCUGCCUUCAGGAAGAACGGCGCCGAUUACCGCGCCUGGGAGACAGACAUUCAGGAAGCAGCACGGCAGAAAUGCAACGAAGUCAUGCAGCUCAGGCGCGCGAGCAACCAAAAACGUUUGUACUUUGAUCAAUAUGACCGAGUACAGGCCACGAGAUCACCGGAGGAAGUAGAGGCACUGCGCGGAGUUUGGUUGACGCCGCAGGACAUCAACAAGCACGGCACCAACCCAUCGAAGUUGAAAGCUCUAUGGAAGAAGCGGUGCAUGCGGUCAUCCAAGCAGGCCGUCUUCAAGAAACUCGGUAUGCAUAUGCAGUUCAAGUGAGUAGAUGGAAGAGCGUAUGCUUGGUGGCGCCCGACUUCCACAACGACAAGAAUAUUGCUCAAGGCGGGAUAGAAGGACGCAAUAACAACAAACUAGCUUCCCACGGCAGAUUAUGGCAAAAAUGUAUUGAUAUCUGCAAGACUCUGAUUCAGAUGAACUCACCCAGAAGGUUACA